UCCAUGACAUCUGUGCACGCCCCUAUUGCUGCCUGCUUCCCCGGGCGCUCUUUGGCACAGGGUGUCCGGCCAGAAGGAGCCGCCGGCGGGGAACUCGAUGCAGGCAACCGUCGCCAGCUCCUUGGAGCAGUUGCUUGGGCACGGGGGGCAGUGUUUGCCUCCUGGGUUGACCAGCUAAUGAGUAAGAUGAUUUGGCGGCAGCGCUUCACAGUGGCUGAAGAGAGACUAGAAUUGUGGUCCUCAGUCCUGUUUCCUGUCCUAUGGGAAUCAACCCAAUGCCUUCCCACUGUGGUCUCCAGAAACAGAGCGAUGGCAUAUGGACGUGGUUCAGAGCAGAAGAGGUUACAGUUUAUAAGACAUAAGAAGGGACUAGGACCUGCUAUCCUGGAGGUAGAAUCAUUAGCCCACUUUCCACCUUUCCUUCUACCUAACCAGGGAAUUAAUGAACCUCUUGUACCCUGGAGUUGCAGGAGGAGGCACAAUAGAGUAACAGAAACCUCCAAGUUCAAGUUCAGCUACAUCUAUCCAGCUACAGACUCUAUUUCCCAGCUUCUCUUGGAGACCGGUCUAGAUACAUGGCUACAUUCUGGCUCAUGGAAUGUGAAGGUGGGUUAUGCGUGCAACCCUACAAGCAAUCACAACUCCAGAAAGAAGUUGCUUACCAUUCAUUUCUUUUUUCUACUCUUGGCUCAAAUUGAAACAUAGAAAUUAUGGUGUGAAUUCACUGUAAUCAUAUAGAAAAUUCCAACUGAAGACAGGACAAAGCGGCAGGAUGACAUCUGCAUCCUUGUAUGACUUCAUAGAGAACUACUCUGAUCGCCCCUCCAUCUGAGGCUGUUACACGAGAGAGGAUAAUAUUCUUGCACUUUUGCUUGAAGAACUGUAUUGUAAGGUCUCUUAAAGCAGCACAGACGAUGUACUACCUAAUACAUAAUUAUUAUAUAUUGCAAGAAAUAUAAUUUAAAAUUUAGGCAACUUAUUUCUACUAUCAUUUAAAGAGUAGUUAUUGUUGUAGCUUAUGUUUCUACUUUUUCUUAAGUUUAUGAAUCUUGUAAUUAUAGAUGACUUGCAAAGCUGGAUCUCUUUCCCACAUCAUCUACGUGAUAUUGAGGGCUGCAUUUGAUGCACCCGGAGAAUAGAAAAGUGUGCCCUUCAAAUUGCAUGUAAUUAGAAUCAAUAAAAUACUGAAAUUAUUACCUUCAGAAGUAACAUUCUAAAAUAUGAUUUGUGGAUGUAUUGCUGAUGAGAAUUUGGUUUCUCUGAAAUCUUAUUAAGAACACUAAAAUGUAACUAGUGAAUUUAUGACCUAAUUAAUUGUUAUGUGCCAAAUAGAACUAUGGUGCUUAAAAGGGAUAUAAAUGUCUUAAAGAGGACAGCAGCGUGAAUUUGUCCAGUAGAGUGGUAUGGUCUUGCAGAGUGGCAGGCAAAGGCAAAUGUCACACUGGCAGCUGGUAUAGACACAGAAACAAACUUUACUGGGGAAAUUUAUAAUUAGAGAAACAGUAAGAUGAAGCAUGUUGUCCCUUACGUUCUUAUUUUUCCUUGGAGAGACAUACGCAGUGAAACAGCAAGAGGAAAUUGCAAAGAAUGCUACUGUAGGAAUGGGACUCUGUCACCACCAUAUUCUGUUUCUAGGACUGCGCGAGAAGGGCCUUGCAGAUGUUUCGUGAGGGAUGGCAAAGUUCAUAGAUUAGCUGUCAGCUGUUCAGGGGAAGGUUUCACCCAAAGACUGGAACACUGAUUGUUCAAAACUGCUGUUCACACAGCAAAGGUAAAUCUGGAUGCCCUGUGGGUGACUGAUACCUUUGUAGGCGAUUCCAGUAGGGUGAAGGGGAGGUUUUUCUUUUUUAAUUUAUUUAUCUACUUAAGAUGAUAUCUAUUCAUUCCAUAUUCUGAAAUAUGCACAUAUUAGCACAUGUAUCCCUAUACUCCCAACUUCUAUCAUCUAAACACCAGAAUUUUCUUAAUUAUUUUUAUCCUGGCAUUUUUAAUACCUAUUAAUAUCUUUUUAUCCUGAAGUGAUUGAAAUAAAGAUUCUAGAUUUAUGUCUUGGUUGGUUUAAUUUCAACAUGAUAUAUAUACAUGUGCAUACAUGUAUAUAUAUUUUCCAGUAGCUUCACAUCCGUGUUAUAUUUCAGUAUUGAUAUUCUUUUUAAAAGCACUUUUACUUAUACAAGCUGAGUUUUAAUUCUUAUAUGUGAAUGCGUUAGUUUUCUGCCUUAUACCUUUGUCUGAUACUCAAUAACUUCAUCAUGUCUUGUUUUUUGGAACAGCACUAUUUUUUUCAUAAUGAACUCAGCUCUUGUUCACUUUAUUUGCACCUGUAGAUUGCUUUUCAUUGGAGGAUAAUUGCUUUACAAUGUUGUGUUAGCUUCUGCUGUACACUGAAGUGAAGCCGCCCUAUGUGUACACAUCCUCCCUCCUUCUUGAGCCUGCCCUGCACCACCUCCAUCCCACCCCACCAGCUCAUCACAGAGCACCACGCUGAGCUCCCUGUGUUAUUCAGGAGCUCACCGCUGGCUAUCUAUUUACACAUGGUAGUGUAUACGUGUCAAUCCUAUACUCUGUAUUUGUCUCACCAUCCCCUUCCCCACCUCUGUCGAUAUGUCCUUUUUCUGUGUCUAUGUCUCCAUUUCUGCCUUACAAACAGGAUCAUCUGUGUGAUCUUUCUAUAUUGCAUACAUAUGCAUUAAUAUGCGAUACUUGUUUUCUCUUUCUGACGUACUUCAAUCACUCUAUGAUAGACUCCAGGUUCACCCAGAUCACGACAAAUGGCCCAGUUUUGUUCUUUUUUAUUGCUGAGUAUUAUUCCAUUGUAUGUAUGUACCAUAUCUUUAUUCAUUCAUCUUUAGUUUGUUUCCAUUCAUUAGGUCAUGGCUAUUGUAAAUAGUGCUGCAGUGAAUAUUGGGGCACAUAUGUCUUUUUUGAAGUAUGGUUUUCUCAGGGUAUAUGCCCAGUAGUGGGAUUGAUAAGUCAUAUGAUAGUUCUAUUUUUUAGUUUUCUAAGGCAUCUCCAUGCUAUUCUCUAUAGUGGUUGUAUCAAUUUGCAUUACCACCAGCAGUGCAAUUUUUUCUGCUCUAUAUACUGUUUUCUUCUCCAUUUACCCUCUUUCUUCUCCAUAUUUUACAUCUCCUAUUGAUUUUCCCAUAUCUACUAUCUCUUUCUCAUCAUUUUCACUUUUUUGGUUCCUUUUUAGGUAUAUUAAUUUAGACAUGCUUUGCUCUGUAUAGUGAAAAUGGCCCACUCAGGUAUUUUUUUGUUUUCCCCUUUGUCCGUCCACUUCUCCUAACAUUCUUCCUUGUUCCAUAAAUGUAUCUUUAUUUGAGUCUCCCAGGUGUCUGCUGUUUGAAUCAAGGUAAAUCUGUAAUUGUUAAAGACCUUGAUAAAUAUGUAUCAUCUCUUGAUAUACUAUAUUAGUUUGGUCCAAACCAUAUUUUCGUAGCAAACAACUUUCAGAGAAACUAUUUUUUUAAUUAUAUCAUUUUCCUAAUUGCCUGGUAGAUAUUCUUUUCUCUUUGUAUCCAUUUUGGUAGCCCUUUCAUGGGAAAAAUAGAAGCAGCAUGAACUUUGUCAUAUUUUACCAAAUAUCUCUAAUUUAAAUUUUUUUCAAAAGUUCUUUACCUUUAGACAUAGUCAGUAAAGCCAAUGAAGUCUUAAUUCCCAUGAAAGAGAAUUUACCUGAGACAGACAUCCCACAGUGCCAUAUUUAGUUGACUAGUGGAGAAAGAAAAAUUAAGAAAUAAAAGAGGAAGUAUAGUCUUACCAUAUAAUCAGCUUACCUAGAAGUAUUUUCCCAGUGAUUAAAAAUCUAAGUAUUUUCCUAAUGAUUAAAAAAUUAUGUUUACGUAAAAAACCUGCAAGGCGAGUAGAUAAACAGACUGCAGCACGUUUAUACCAUGCAUUAGUGUUGAAUGAUAAAAAUAUAUGAGUUAUCGUGUGAUGAAAAGACAUGGAGGAAACUUAAGUCAUUUGGCUCAGGCUGACGAGCAAUGAUUACAAUUAUACGACAUUCUGAAAAAGAAAAACUAUAGAGACAAUCAAAAGAUCAGUAGUUUCUGGGGGUUGGGAGUAGAGAAGGACUGAAUAAUAAUCAAAGUACAGGAAAAUUUGAAGAUGGUGGAACUAUUCUGUGUGAUACCAUAAUGGUAGAUACACGACAUUAUGCAUGUAUCAAGCAUGUAGAACUUUACAGCCAAAGAAGAAACCUUAAUUUAUGCUAAUUUAAAAAUAUUAUUUAGGAGGUCAAGGUUCUGAGGACAGAAUUCAGACUGUGACAAAAGAUUCUAACUGUAUUACAAAUGUAUAAAAUAGCAUCCCUGAAGGGGCUGUUGUGAAAAGAUUCUAUCUGAAAUAAUUUUGGAAAUGAACUGUGUCUGUAAGACUGAAGGUAAAAGAAAGAACUGUACUGAUAAAGCUGAUAAAGUUAUUUCCUCUAGGGGUAUGAAUUAACAAUCCUAAUAUGGUCAUACAUGUAUAAUGAAAUAGAACAAUUAAGCAAAUGUAUGGAGGAGGGUAAUUGCUUAUUUUGGGAUUGGAGUUUACAAAUAAUUGAAGGGAGGAGGCUAGAACGAUCUAUGCAGUGAUGGUUUAGAUUUGAAGCCAUCAGUAAGAACUCACAGUUUAAUAUAGAUACACAUGGUGACAUAAAAAUAUUUUAGGUAAAGUUGAUUCUUGUUUGCCAUGACAGUUAUGUUCUAUAAAGUUACUCUGAACAUUGAAUUAGCAAAUGCUGAACCAUCCCUCUGAAAGGAAAUAUAGGGUGAGAUUCCUAUAAGCCUCUGGUCACAACAUUUUUGUCAAGUCAUCAAUACAUAACCUGUUUUGUGUGUGAUUCUGUUUAAAGACAUCUUAUUUAAUAUAUACUGUUGAUUCUUUAGUGUUGAACUCACAGCCAACAACAGUAUAAUUCAUGCCUGAGUGAAGCUUAUCUAACAGUAGUGUUUUCAUCAUGAGGGACAUGACAAACUUCUUGGAUUUAGGAACACUAGAAAUCACUUUAGCGUGACACUUGAGGAUCAGAUUAAACAGUGCAAUCUCUAAGUAAAGAAGAAAAACGUGAAAACAUUGCAUAAAUAGACCAUAAGAAGGACUUUUUCUUGCAUUAUAAGAGCUGAAUCAAGGAGGCAGAAUGUCCUUGUUUGACCUCAGCUGGGAUAUGCAUGUGACUCAAAGUUUUUACUGUCCUGUGAUGUUUAUAAAUGACUGUGAAAGUGCAAUGAAUAUUGAAUUCGGGAUUAAAAAUAAAUUUUAGCAAAUAUGAAAAUACACAAAUAAAGGAGAUCUGCUAUGGUUUACACAUA